CGCGGCGCCGGCUCCGCCCCCGUCGGGUGUUUGUGGUGGGGCUGCGGAGUCGCCGAUCCCGCCGGAAGCGCCAGGACAAUGGGGACCCGGGACGACGAGUACGACUACCUAUUCAAAGUGGUGCUCAUCGGGGACUCAGGCGUGGGCAAGAGCAACCUACUGUCGCGCUUCACCCGUAACGAGUUCAACCUGGAGAGCAAGAGCACCAUUGGCGUGGAGUUCGCCACCCGCAGCAUCCAGGUGGACGGCAAGACCAUCAAGGCGCAGAUCUGGGACACCGCCGGCCAGGAGCGCUACCGCGCCAUCACCUCCGCGUACUACCGCGGCGCAGUGGGCGCUCUGCUGGUGUACGACAUCGCCAAGCACCUGACCUACGAGAACGUGGAGCGCUGGCUGAAGGAGCUGCGGGACCACGCCGACAGCAACAUCGUCAUCAUGCUGGUCGGCAACAAGAGCGACCUGCGCCACCUGCGGGCCGUGCCCACCGAUGAGGCCCGCGCCUUUGCAGAGAAGAACAACCUGUCCUUCAUCGAGACCUCAGCCCUGGAUUCCACCAACGUAGAGGAAGCAUUCAAGAACAUCCUCACAGAGAUCUACCGCAUUGUGUCACAGAAGCAGAUCGCCGACCGCGCUGCGCACGACGAGUCCCCCGGCAACAACGUGGUGGACAUCAGCGUGCCGCCCACCACCGACGGACAGAAGCCCAGCAAGCUGCAGUGCUGCCAGAGCCUGUGACCGCGCCGCGCCGGCGUCCCUGUCCUCGGCCCUCGUCCUCAGCCCGGCCCCUCUCCCGGCCCCCAGUGACCGGCUCCUCCCGCCCUCCCGCGGGCAUCUCGGCAGGAAGGACAGGGCCGGCCAGCGGCGAGGAGGACGGGGCCGACCAGCUGGCUUCUCCUGCUUUUCCGCGGCAGACUCCGGGGAGCGAUCGCCUCCCUCCCCGCCCGGCAGUGGGCCCAGCAGGUCCCUCCUCCUCACCCAGAACCCGGGCUGGGCCAGGCAGGCGAUGCUCCGGCUCUCCCUCUCCGGCCCUCGGCCUCCUGCCCGCCGCUCCACGACCGCCCGCGCCCUCCCGCCUGUAGGUUGGAGCUGGGAGCAGACCCCGCCCCGUCCCGCCCGCCCCUCUGCACGCCGCGCACCCCCCUGUCUCGUCUCCCCGUGCGGUCAGGAGCCUGUCUGAGUGAAGCAAUAUCUCCGUGUUUUGUACAUACAACCGCUCUUGUAGCCUUUGGGUUUUGUUAUUGUAGAGAAACACAGAUUCUUUAUACACUUUGUAAGAUUUACGCCGGCCCCAGCUCUCGAUCUCUUCUUCGCCCUGUGGCCCCUGCACUGUUGCCCGUUACUAAAAAUGUAUACGCCGACUUCCUGUAC